CCGAAUUUUGCGAGUUGACGCGUACACGCCGCAACACAUCGCCGAUGUCUCUCGCAGCGAUCCCGACGAAGGCCCUGUUGGCGGAACUGGAAACGCGCCUGGAAUGUGCUGGCAAGAAGGAGCGCCGCACCGUGUUCAUCGGCCCGCCUGGCUGCGGCAAGGGCACUCAAAGCCCGAUUGUCAAGGACGAAUAUUGCUUGUGCCACUUGGCCACGGGCGACAUGCUUCGCGCGGCCGUCCGUGAAGGCACUGAAAUGGGCAAGAAGGCCAAGGCCGCCAUGGAAUCCGGCGCGCUGGUCACGGACGAAAUCGUGAUCGGGAUCAUCAAGGACGCCAUCAAGAGCCCGGAAUGCCGCCGCGGGUUCAUUCUCGAUGGGUUUCCACGCACGGUUGUCCAAGCCGAGAAGUUGGACGAAAUGCUCGCGUCGUCUAAUACGCAAGUGGACAAGGUAGUGAACUUCAACAUCCCGGACCAAGUCUUGGUCGAACGCAUCUCGGGACGUCGAAUCCACCCCGCCAGCGGCCGCAGCUACCACGUCAAGUUCAACCCACCAAAGGUGGCAGACAUCGACGACAUCACGGGCGAGCCCUUGAUCCAGCGCAAGGACGACAACGUUGCGACGUUGGGCGCGCGCCUCGAAGCGUUUCACAAGCAGACGCAGCCUGUGAUUGAUUUCUACGCUCGCCAAGGCAAGCUCGUCGAAGUCAAUGCGAACAUUAGCAUGGACACCGUGACCAAGCAGAUCCGAGAGAGCUUUGGCACCGACUAAUUGCCCAACACACGUACACUGGUCCUGUUGAGUGCUCAUGGGAGGGGGUUUGCGGUUGCACCAACGGCUGGAACGCAUCGUGCGCCAAUGCGGCUGGCACCGUCUGUAGAUGGAUGUGUGCAACGUGUUGGCGGUGGGAAUCGGCAGGCGGCAGAGCACCUGAGCCAUCAAACGACUCGAAGAUGGAAACUCGUAUUAUGUUUAUUGCUAAAAGUACGUGAAGAUGCAGACUUCGCAGGGCUCGACAAGCGGUACGACGUUUCCAGCCCAGCUCACCGUUCCAUUCGUCUGCCGCGGUUUGUCCGAGCUGGCGGGGCAUUGCGGCGGCGACACGUCGACGCCAUUGACAUGGGUCAGGAACACUUCUUCGUCCGGCAUUCCGGCCAAGGCACAUGGCGACCCAGGAACGGCCUGGACAACGAUCCAUCCGUCUUGUUGGCGCACAGGCUUCAAGCCCAAACUCCCAUUUCGUUUCGUCACCUACCGCAACACUCAC